UCAUGGGUCUAUAGAUCCUAUGUCUAUGGAAAAAGGCCGCCGUGGCCGCUCUCAGGUUCCUCUUUGCUCCUACCACCGCAAUGCUCUCUCCUGUCCUCCAUGGGUUUAUAUGUGACAUUUUACAUAACCUCAUGAGCCUACAUGAACCAUAUCAAACUAUAUGAUGUUGGACAGCAUUAAACAAAAGUUGUACAGUUUAUGUAUAGCGGCCUGCGAGUUUGCCAGAUUGCAAGUAGCAGCCGCAAGUUUAUCAAAAUAGUCAAUAAUAGGAAAAAAAAAUAGGAAAGAAAUAGAAACAAACUUGUUAGAAUGAAACUCGUGCCUUUUUGUAUUUGAUCUUUAUUAUGCAUGCAACCUUCGUGCGAUCCUCGGUCAAAUUUAAUAUGCUGCACUCCGCAAAGUUACCAUUGGUGCGACUCUACUCGACGAGACAAGGCACUAAAACGAAGAACCACUAUGACACAUUAAAGAUCACACCGCAUGCCACCCAGAACGAGGUGAAAUCGGCGUAUUACAAGCUGACCCUUCAAUAUCAUCCUGACAAAAAUAAGAGCGACUACGCCAAGCAAAAGUUUCAAGAUAUCUCGGAGGCUUACGAGGUGCUUAGUAAUCAUGAACAGCGCAGGAUUUAUGAUCGUGGUAUGCUACUGCGUCGACAACCGGCUGCAACCACCGAGGAACCCAUGUCCUACUAUAAGGACAAAGUUUAUUCAGGAACGUCGAAAAUUUACGAUUUUGACGCGUGGACGAAGGCGCAUUACGGAAGGCAAAUGCAUGCGGAUCGCAUAAGAAGACGAGCGUAUGAAAAUUAUAAGAUGACAGAGGAGAUGAACGCUCGUUCCAAGGAGAAUCCUCGAUUUAUGGAACCUCUCAUGCUCUUAAUCACUCUAAUGAUGGUUGCUAUAAUUUUUCGGGAAAAACCCGAUGUGCCAGCGUCCGCGAGACGUAAGAAAGAGAGUAAAGAUAAUUGAUCCAAUUUAUUUGAAUAGUAUAAAUUUGUAUAUAUGUCCCUCAAUGAAUGUACAAAUUUUAUUUUUAUCACACUUAUCGCUAUUAGUAAAAUAAGGACAUCAUUAAAUAGAUUGUGAAGAA